AUGGGAGUGAGCCUGAAAGAUUUUAUUGACAAGAUGGGGCAGACCCCUCUGCACCUUGCCGCCGGCUUGGGCUGUGACGAUACCAUGCCCCUGAUGCUUCAACAGGGAGCUGCCGUGGAUGCACUGGAUAGCCAGCGUCGGACUCCCUUGCACCUCGCAGCAACGCUAGGCUCCGUUCCUGCGGUGGAAAUCAUUUUGGCUGCCGGCGCGGACUCAAGCCUCCGCUCUGCAACGAUGCGGCACGGGGCGGACCUUGAUGCUCGCGACGCUGAAGGCUUCGCUGCGCUACACGCGGCCGCUCAGAGCAACCAGGCAGGCGCCAUCGAUGUGCUCAUCGAAGCAGGAGCGGGGGUGAACGCUCGCGGGGGAUGUGGAAAGGAUGAGACACUGCUGUACGUGGCAAGUGGAAGCGAUUCACCAGAGGCUGUGUUGGCCCUGCUGAGGCAUGGGGCGGACGUGCACGCGCUGGCCGGCUAUCGCCACGCUGCCCUGCAUGUUGCGGCCGAAAGAGGACAUUCUGUUGUUGUGAAUGCCCUCCUGGAUGCUGGCGCGCGGCUCCAUCUCCGCGCAAACAGGUACGACAGCUGGGAUACGCCGCUGGAGUUGGCUGCUGAGGGUGGGCAUGUCGAUAUCGUGCAACGCUUAAUCCGGCAAGGCGCGAGGUUGAAUGCCAGAGGCCCAGACGGGCAGACUGUCUUGCACAAGGCCUCCUUCGAAAACAAACCUGAUGUGAUCGAUGCGCUGGUAGCAGCAGGGGCUGAAGUGGAUGCAUUGUUCCUGAGAGCGGCUUUACGCUCUCCACGUAGCGUCCACGAGUGCUCCGAGGCCCCCUGCUCUCUACUGAAACAUGGGGCUGUCAUCAACACAAGGGACAACAGCGGGCGGACCCCCCUCCAUUUAGCGUCCUACGGGAUUACCAACACGCUCUUCUUGGAGGGUGGGGCUGACAUGCACACGAUUUCUGGUGAUGGUCAAGCACCACUUCAUGCCGCAGCGACGCGCGGUAGCGUUGCUGCGACACAAGUCCUGUUGGCUGCUGGCGCACAUGUUAACCUCCCGCGUGACAAAGACGGUUCGUCGGCUCUGUCGAUAGCCGCGUUGAAUAGGCACGCCGACGUGGUGGAACUUUUGAUUCGUCGCGGAGCGGAUUUGGGCGCGACGGGCUAUGGGGGCUCGACUGUUUUGCACCAGGUUGCGUUGAACAAUCAUGCCGGCGUUGUUGACGAGCUUUUCAAGGCUGGGGUGAGUAUCGAGGCGCUGGACAGGGACUUCAGGACGCCUCUGGUCGUAACCUUCCAUGGCAUAUGCAUGCGUGGCCUCGGCAGUCGUCCAAGGCAAGAUGAGCACGCCACUAUAGUUGCCCUGUUGAAGCAUGGGGCCAACGCGAACAUGAAGUUGCUCGGCGAUCCACUCGUGUUGUGCGCAGCGUAUUUUAACUCCGUUCCAGCAGCGGAAGCCCUCCUCGCCGCUGUUGCGGAGGUUUACGUUUUCAAUGACCACGUCAAGAAUUUCACGCCGCUGCAUGUGUCCGCGAAGUACGACCACACUGGCGUGCUGAAGGCACUACUUCGAAACGCGGCGGACACGGAGAUACGAACAAUACAUGGCUGGACUCCGUUGCACGAAGCCGCGGAACGUGGACAUGUAAACUCGAUCGAUGCACUCGUCGAUGGAGGCGCUAAGGUUGACGUUCAAGAUCUGGGCGGCUGUACACCUCUUCAUAUUGCUUGUAAGAAUCUAAAGUGCUCAGCGAUACGUGCCCUUCUGAGAAGUGGCGCGGACGUUCAAGCAUUGGACAACAGCCAAUACUCUCCCCUUCACUGCGCAGUGCGCCGCAUCAGGCAUCGGCAUUCAGCAUGCGACGCGGCUCACUCAGUCAACCUUUUGUUGAGAUGGGGUGCUGAUGAAAACGCGGUAGACUCGCAUGGCCAAACCGCUGGAGAGGGUUUGCAAGGGUACUCAGCCAAUCCUUCUAGGUUCCGGAACUCGAUGCUCGUUCGACUCCUGCUAUCGAAGGCGCCGCAGGAUAAAGCGUGGCGUCGACGCGGCUGGCUAGUCUUGUGUCGCACCAGACCCAACAGGGUAUUGCUGAAAGCGAAGCAUGGAGGAGCAAGUCCUAGGAGUUCGACACGGAACGUUCGAGCGCGGGAUGCCGGUGUUUGGGCAAAGGUUCGACGCUGGGGCGACGUUCCAGCAGGGAGCCGAGGGGGGCAUUAUGGCGCCAACAGAGAGCGAUGCUACUGCUGGUGGCUUGGUUGGCUUGUUGGUGGCUGUACUUGGUGCACGUGAGGAAGGUGUAUUCCGGAGUAUCGUUGGGUACCUGUAAUGCAUGUCUGUUCAAAGUACGUGAUUGGUGAUUUUUUUUUGGCAGCAAUAACAGGUGCCAUAGUGAAGUGUCAGGGAAUGUGUGGUAAACGCGUAAAUUUACUCUAGUUGAACCCGGAAGGAGGGAACUGGCCCUCGUUGUUUUCAGAG